UUAAUAUGCUUAAACGUGGAUAGGGAGGGCCGUGAGGGUUUACUCAUACUUAUUAGGGUUUAAGCGUGGUGUUGGUUCAUUUCCAUCAACCCUCGUUUACGCUUCCCUGCUCUCACCAUGUGGGCUCUUCGUCGAGCUUCGCUUCGUCUCAGGAGUCCAAUACUUAAUGUAGGUGCUUAUCGGGCUUCUUGUGCUAAAUUAACGUCGCCAACCACUUAUGUGGAAGAUGAGGCUGGUAUCCUUGAGUCUCAUCCAAUAAGAUAUGGUAGAUUUCUUUCAACGAGCAGAUUUUACCACGGUGGUCGUGCCUCCCUGAACUUUACUGUAAGCAGGCGUGAACUUUCGUCACAAGCUGAUGCUAGUAGCACCAAAGAGGAUGAUGAUAUAGAAGAUGGAUUGUGUGAGCAGGAGGCACAUGGGGAUACUAAUGAAAAUGAAUCUGAAGUAGACUUGUCUGAUGAUGAUGAUGGUAGUGGGGAACCACACAACGAGCUGUCAGAAACUGAGAUUGAUCCCACUGUGAAAAAGCAACACAGAAAGACUGAAUCACAACUUUUCAAGGCGAUAAUAAGUAGUCCAGGUGUGUCUGUUCAGUCAGCUCUGGAAAAGUGGGUUGAAAAAGGGAAGGAACUAAACAGGCCAGAGAUCUCAUUGGCCUUUGUUAAUCUUCGGAAGCGUAAAAUGUAUGGGAGGGCUUUGCAGCUCUUACAGUGGCUAGAGAAAAACAAGAAGCUUGAAUUUGCUGAGAAAGAUUAUGCUUCUGUACUUGAUUUAAUUGCCAAAGUAAGUGGCCUCUUUAGGGCAGAAAAUUACAUCAAGAAGGUUCCAGAAUCUUUUAGAGGCGAGUUGUUAUACAGAACAUUACUGGCUAACUAUGCUAGUCAGAACAAUUUGAAGAAAACUGAGGAAACAUUCAACAAAAUGAGGGACUUGGAUCUCCCUAUCACAGCAUUUGCUUGUAACCAGUUGCUUCUUAUUUACAAAAAGGUUGACAAGAAGAAAAUAUCUGAUGUGUUACUGUUGAUGGAAAAAGAGAAUGUGAAACCUUCUCAUUUCACUUAUAAAAUCUUAAUAGACACAAAGGGUCAGAGUAAUGAUAUUGCUGGAAUGGAACAAAUUGUUGAGACAAUGAAGGCCGAAGGCAUUGAACCAAACCAUCAAGUACAAGCAGCACUGGCUAGGUAUUACACCUCAGCUGGGCUUAAAGAAAAAGCGGAAGCUAUACUCCAGGAGAUUGAAGGAGAAAACUUGAGAGACAAUCUAUGGGUAUGCCCGACUUUGCUCCGCCUUUAUGCAAACUUGGGAAAGGCUGAUGAAGUGGAGAGAAUCUGGAAGGUCGUCGAGUCGAAGCCUGGAAUUGACGUCUGCCUUGCUGCAGUUGAAGCUUGGGGAAGGUUGCAGAAAAUUGAAGAAGCAGAAGCUAUUUUUGAGAUGAUGGCAAAUAAAUGGAAACUCUCCUCAAAGAACUACUCGGUGCUCUUGAAGGUGUAUGCAAAUCAUAAGAUGCUAAAGAAGGGUAAGGAUCUUAUUCAGCGAAUGGGAGAAAAUGGGUGCAAGAUAGGCCCAUUGACCUGGGAUUCGCUUGUGAAACUUUAUACCCAAGCAGGGGAAGUUGAGAAGGCAGAUGCUGUUCUGCAGAAAGUAAUGGAGCAGAGUCGAAUGACGCCGAUGUUCAAUACUUAUAUGGCGGUCAUGGAGCAGUAUGCAAAGAGGGGUGAUGUCCAUAAUUCAGAAAAGAUUUUCCACAGAAUGAGACAAGCUGGUUAUACUUCUCGAAUUACUCCGUUUCAAGUUCUGGUACAGGCCUAUAUAAAAGCCAAGGUUCCAGCAUAUGGGAUCAGGGACAGAAUGAAAGCUGAUAACGUGUUUCCCAACAAUACUUUGGCUAAACAGUUGGCUCAAGUUGAUGCAUUUAAGAAAACUGCAGUUUCCGAUUUGCUUGAUUGAGGAAGUUAGCAUGUUUUUACUCUUCAAGUGCAAUUAUCUCAGUCAGUUCAUUAGUAACAUUGAACACUCCAAAUUCGUCUGUUUUGUCUUGUAUUCCAAAUUCGUUUGUUUUCUCUUUGUUACUGCAUAAGUAUUGGUUUUAUGA